GGGCCUGGGACAGACGCAGCAGACUGGGAUAUGCAAAGAGAAGAGUAGCCUAAUUGUCAAGUCUAGAUCUAACAAAAGCAGUGUCCCAAGAUCAUGGCAUGUUUCCCUGGAACUGGAAGGACUGAUCAAGAAACACAGCUAGACUUGUCCUUGUGUGAACGGGAGCCGGAAAGCCUUGAGAACUUAUUCCUCGACCCGGACAUGGCACAGGAGAAAAUGGAACUAGGUUUCAAGUCUCUGCCGAGUUCCACUACCGCAGACGGCAACAUUCUGAGAAGAGUCAACAGUGCCCCUUUGAUCAAUGGACUUGGUUUUAAUUCACAGGUGUUGCAAGCUGACAUGUUAAGAAUUAGGACAAACAGAACAACGUUUAGGAAUCGAUGCUCUCUGUUGUUGCCACCUCCUCCCUUUCAUGGUUCCAUCAGCCGCCUUCAUCAAAUCAAACAGGAACCUCCAAACUUGAACAACAUGGAUUUGAAUGGCGUGUGAUGUGAAACCCUCCUAUACGUAUGGGUGACUUUUUGUAUCCUCGGGUUCCAGAAGGCCCACUGUGGACUUGAGGAUGUGUGGAUUUUGGUAUUGCAGUGGGGGGGUGCUGGAACCAAUUCCCCACAUAUACCAAGGGAUGACUGUAAGUAAUUAUGCAUAGUGCCAAGAGUACUGCAUUAAAAAAAAUCUUUUUAAAUGGAAAAUUUAAAACAUGGAAUAUAGAAUCUUCAUGUACCUAACACCCAGCUUUAACAAUUAUCCACAUUUUGUACAUCCUUUUUCAUCGAUCUGCUUCUCUUUUAGGGGUGGGAGAGAGUGCUUUAAAGUAAAUUUCUGACAUAUCUUUUUACCCAAGUUUAUGGGUAUGAGAAGGACUUUUUUUCUCCAUAAUCACAAUGCCAUCAUUAUGCAUAACAGAUUACCUUAUUCCUUAAUGUCAUCUAAAUCCAUGUUAUAUUUUUCCUAAUUCUCAAAAAUGCAUUUUUUAACUGAUCCAAACACAAUCCAAAUAUGACAUUUAGUUGAUAUAUAUCUCUUAGAUCUCUUUUAUUUAAAACAGCAUUUUUAUUUUAUUUUAUUUAUGUUCCAGGAUACCUGGGCAGAAUGUGCAGGUUUGUCACAUAGGUAUACGUGUUCCAUGGUGGUUUGCUGCACCUAUUGAUCUGUCAUCUAGGUUCCCUCCCCUCACCACCCACCCCGCAACAGGCCCUGAUGUGUGUUGUUCCCCUCCCCGUGUCCAUGUGUUCUCAUUGUUCAGCUCCCACUUAGGAGUGAGGACAUGCAUUGUUUGGUUUUCCGUUCCUGUGUUAGUUUGCUGAGGAUGAUGGCUUCCAGCUUCAUUCAUGUCCCUGCAAAGGACAUGAUCUCAUUCCUUUUUAUGACUGCAUAGUAUUCCAUGGUGUAUAUGUACCAAGUUUUCUUUAUCCUGUCUAUCAUUGAUGGGCAUUCAGGUUGGUUCCAUGUCUUUGCUAUUGUAAAUAGUACUGCAGUAAACAUGCGUGUGCAUGUGUCUUUAUAGUAAAAUGAUUUAUAUUCGUUUGGGUAUAUACUCAGUAGUGGGAUUUCUGGGUCAAAUGAUAUUUCUGGUUCUAGAUCCUUGAGGAAUCGCCACACCGUCUUCCACAGUGGUUGAACUAAUUUACAUUCCCACCAACAAUGUAAAAGCGUUCCUAUUUCUCCACAGCCUUGCCAGCAUCUAUUGUUUCCUGAGUUUUUAGUCAUCGCCAUUCUGACUGGCAUGAGAUGGUAUGUCACUGUGGUUUUGAUUUGCAUUUCUCUAAUGAUCAGUGAUGUUGAGCUUUUUUUCGUAUGUUUGUUGGCCACAUAAAUGUCUUCUUUUGAGAAGUGUCUGUUCAUAUCUUUUGCCCACUUUUUGAUGGGGUUGUUUGUUUUUUCUUGUUUCAGUUCCUUGUAGAUUCUGGAUAUUAGACCUUUGUCAGAUGGGUAGAUUGCAAAACUUAUCUCCUAUGCUGUAGGUUGCCUGUUCACACUGAUGAUAAUUUCUUUUGCUGUGCAGAAGUUCUUUAGUUUAAUUAGAUCCUAUUUGUCAAUUUUUGCUUUUGUUAGAAUUGCUUUUGGCAUCUUCAUCAUGAAGUCUUUGCCCAUGCCUAUGUCCUGAAUGGUAUUGCCUAGGUUUUCUUCUAGGGUUUUUAUGGUUUUGGGUUUUACAUUUAAAUUUAAAUCUUUAAUCCAUCGUGAGUUAAUUUUUGUAUAAAGUAUAAGGAAGGGGUCCAGUUUCAGUUUUCUGCAUAUGGCUAGCCAGUUUUCCCAGCACCAUUUAUUGAAUAGGAAAUCCUUUCCCCAUUGCUUAUUUUUGUCAGGUUUGUUGAAGAGCAGAUGGUUGUAUAUGUGUGGUGUUAUUUCUGAGGUCUCUGUUCUGUUCCAUUGGUCUAUAUCUCUGUUUUGGUACCAGCACCAUGCUGUAAAACAGCAUUUUCUGCCUGUUUUUUGUUCCAUGCCUCUUAUUUAUUGAAGAAACCAGGGAGUCCAUUUGUCCUGUAAAAUGUCCCACAUUCUGAUUUUGCUUCCAUGUGGUGUUACUAUGUUGUUUUAUCCUCUAUUUCCUGUUAAAUAGUUUUUUAAAUUUUUAUUUAUUUAUUUAUUUAUUUAUUUAGACGGAGUCUUACUCUGUCGCCCAGGCUGGAGUGCAGUGGCACGAUCUCGGCUCACUGCAACGUCUGCCUCCCUGGUUCAAGCGAUUCUGUAGCCUCAGCCUCCCGAGUAGCUGGGAUUACAGGCGCCCACCACCCCACCCAGCUAAAUUUUUUUUUUUUUAAGUAGAGAGGGGGUUUCAUCAUGUUGGCCAUGGUAGAGAGGGGGUUUCACCAUGUUGGUCUCAAACUCCUGACCUCAGGUGAUCCGCCCAUCUUGGCCUCUCGAAGUGCUGGGAUUAUAGGCAUGAGCCACCGCGCCUGGCCUCCUGUAAAAUAGUAUGAUGAAAUUUGCUUUUAAUUUUAAAUGAGCACACAGCUCCAAGUCAAUGUUAGGUUCUGGGCCAAUAUUUGGUUUAUGUUACACCUUUCCUAUUAAGCAGGUAAUGGACAAUUUCUUCUCAACUGUUGUUGUUAGCUGUUUUCUAAGUAUUAAAGAGACUGAGACAUCAAGCUAGAAGUUAAUUUUCUAAACACAGUUAUUAUUCCUAAAUAGGAAUUAUUUUGUGUAAUUUUCCUUUCUAAUAAAAAUUUUAUUUUAUUUAUUUAUUUUUGAGACAGGUUCUUGCUCUGUUGCCCAGGCUGGAGUGUAGUGGCAUGAUCAUAGCUCACUGCAGCCUCAACCUUCUGGGCUAAAGUGAUCCUCUUGCUUCAGCCUCAGCCUCCCAACUAGCUAGGACUACAGGUGCACACCACUAUGCCUGGAUAAUUUUUUAUUUAAUUUAAUUUAUUUAUUUAUUUCUGAGACGGAGUCUCGCUCUGUUGCCUAGGCUGGAGUGCAGUGGCAUGAUCUCAGCUGACUGCAACCUUCGCCUCCCAGGUUCAAGCAAUUCUCUUGUCUCAGCCUCCCGAGUAGCUGGGACUACAGGCACCCACCACCACACCUGGCUAACUUUUGUAUUUUUA